AUGUCUUGUCCGCUUUCCAGUCUCGUCAACCCCCUCGACAACGAGCAGGUCCUCCUCUACUAUCUGUCCAGCAACCAGACCCUUGCCCUCGAGCUCCACCAUGUUGGCGCAGAGAAGACCACGGCCACUGCGUUCGCAGACAACAUCUCGGCCCCUGUCGACUCCAACAUCGUGAACCCGGGCUCCUUCAACGCUUUAUACAACGAGAAAUUGCUCAAUCUCUACGGUCUCGUCCAGAGCGCACCUCAAAAGGGCAUCGCCGCCGUCGAUGCCAUUGCACCCAAGCGUCUGGCCCAACUGAGCCCUGUCUAUAAGCUCCUCCUACCGGAUGGCCCGAACCAACACCGUGAUCCGAGUUGCCAUUACCACAAUUGUCGCCGAGGGCCAAGGAUAUAUGUGCUGCAUGACCGGGACCGAAGAAAAGCCACGCAUCACCGAGUUCUCAAUCGGUUGGUCGUCCAGCUCAAGAGGCGAGGACCUCAUCACCAAGCCCCUCGACACCAAGCCACCCCCUGGUUGCCAGCAACCUCGCAGCCGUCUACGAUCCAGCCGCCAAGAGAGAAGCUCAGCGUCUACCGAAACGAAGACAACCUCCGAAUCGUCAAGUCGACCAGCGAAAAUGGUAAAGAAAUAAAGAAGUAA